CGCCGUUAAACAUCACCGAAGAAGAAGAAGAAGCUAUCAGUAUUUGAUAAGACACAGCAGUCCUCCGUUUAUUUACCUAGCUAGCUACUGUCCGUGAAUACUUCAAAAUGUCAUAUUAGAUUAUCUUCAUUGAGCUUUUGACUGAAACAGAAGUGUGUGCGUUCACAACGAUACUGAAAUUCUAGCCACGGAAAAUUUGCUAACACGCUAGCUAGUGUCAACAAACUGCAAGUGACUAGCGGGUUCAAGUGACCCUGCCCAAAAGCGCGAUGCUGGUAACCGUUUUCUGCGCGCCGAAUGACCGCUCGGAAAUCACAUUUGCUCUUGAUGUGUCUCCAGAGCUUGAACUUAGAGAUUUUGUUGCUCUGUGUGAACUAGAAUCAGGAAUCCCUGCUGGGGAAAUUCAGAUCACAUAUGCAGAGCAGCCUCUGAAAGACCUGACCCGUGCUUUAGGGACCUAUGGACUUAAGGAUGGAGAUGUGGUGGUGCUUAGACAGGCAGACAGAAGGCCACCACCAGCACAAUCAGCCUUCCCAGGUAUGCCACGUAUUGACUUCAGUUCCAUCACAGUCCCCGGCACCUCUUCUGGUUCCAGUCAACGGUUCACCCGUAGACAGCAGCAACAGGCCUCAACCUCACAGCAGCAGCGCUCUCCACCCCCUGCUGCACCCCCAUCCCUACCGGGCUCUGCCUCCUCUCCUCAGGGUCUGGAUGACCCUGCCUUACUGCAGCAGAUGCUCUUGGCCAAUCCACACGAGCUGUCCCUGCUCAAGGAGCGCAAUCCGCCAUUGGCUGAGGCCUUGUUGAGUGGAGAUCUGGAGCGUUUCACCAAAGUGCUGUUGGAGCAGCAGCAGGAUCGGGCUCGCAGAGAGCAGGAGAGGAUCCGGCUUCUGACUGCCGACCCAUUUGACAUGGAGGCCCAGGCCAAGAUAGAGGAGGACAUCAGGCAGCACAACGUAGAGGAGAAUAUGACCAUUGCAAUGGAGGAGGCCCCAGAGAGCUUUGGCCAGGUGGUUAUGCUCUACAUCAACUGUAUAGUCAACGGGUACCAUGUGAAAGCUUUUGUUGACUCAGGGGCCCAGAUGACCAUCAUGAGUCAGGCGUGUGCCAAGCGCUGUAACAUAAUGCGUCUGGUGGACCGACGGUGGGCCGGCAUCGCCAAGGGAGUGGGCACCCAGAAGAUCAUUGGCAGAGUCCACUUGGCUCAGGUCCAGAUAGAAGGGGACUUCCUGCCUUGCUCCUUUUCUAUCCUGGAGGACCAACCUAUGGACAUGCUGCUUGGACUGGACAUGCUCAAGAGACAUCAGUGUUCAAUUGACCUGAAGAAGAACACGUUGCUGAUCGGGACAACGGGCACUGAGACCUGCUUCCUGCCUGAGGCAGAGCUGCCAGAGUGUGCCCGGCUGGCAUACGGGCCGGAGGGGCGUGAGGAUGCCCAGCCAGACGAGAUCGCAGACCGAGAGCUGGCGGAGGCACUUCAGAGAUCUGUACAGGAGGGUGGUGGACAAACUACCUCACCGGAAUCCCCACUAUUCCCAACACCCAGACCCCUGAACAACAUGCCCCUGUCCUCCACCUCUACCACCGGCCACCCCCAGAGCCUUGCCCUGGACCGUUCUCAGUCUGCUCCAGCCUACAUGCGCCAGGCCGGGGCCCCAACACCAGGGCAGAGCCAGAGCCAAACCCAGCCUGGUUUCCUGGGUUUCCCCAUCCCUGGGCCCUCAUCCCAGGCCCAGAACAUAGCACCUACAGCCCAACAGUCUCCUCUCUCAGACCCAAGCCCUACCAACCCCACCCAGCCACUCCUACCCACCAUCCCCACUCCCCCGGCUCAGGAUCUGUCCACAUGCGCCCCUCCUGCAGACAAGUCUGUGACUGGCACUCCCACCCUGGGAGGUUCAGACAGUCAGAUCCCUCCAGAGAUGGGGUAUGGCUCUGAGAAGGCAGAGAAUGGCUCCCUGUCCCCCCUCUCAAUUCAGCCCAUGGAGCAGGAGGAGGACAUGUCAGUCACCACCACAGAUCCCCGGACAUGUCUGAGUACCCCGAGUCAGCAGAGUGGAGAGGGUGAAGGGGGUUCCCACCAUCCCAUCUCCAAUCUCCCAUCACUCACCCUGGAGCCCUGUCUUUCUGGAUCCACAUCUGCGGAGAUGGAGUCUCACCCUGCCUCCUCCCAGAGCACUGCGCAAUCAGAGCGGGACCAGCCAGAGGGGGAGCGCUGUCCCAACUCAGACCAGAUCCCGUCUCUGGCCCAGGCUCUGCGGGAGCUCCAUGAGCUGCUGGUGUCUAACAGCUGUGGCCUGUCCCCCCAGGACCGCAGUGCCAGCUGCUCCCCCUCACACAGACAGGAUGCUGACGGACUGCACAACAACCACAACCCCACCGCAGAGCCCCAAACCCUGAUACCUGAAAACACCAAACAACCAUCCCCCUCUACUGCCAUUAUAGCUGGUGCAGAACCAUGCGAUGCCAAAGCCAACCAUGCUGCUGCUGUGUCUGACGGAGGGCCUCCUCCUGACUGUGUCCUGCCAGGCACCUCUGGCCAGGAGCAGAGCCUGGAGACUAGGGACGGGGCAGAGGCUGAACCAGAAGAGGGACAGGGAGAACUAGAACCACAGUGUCCAGACAGCUCCUGGGGGGAAAGGAGGGCUGACAGGUAUGGGCUAGAUGCCAGUAAAAGCAGAGGGACUGUGUCUGAGGUCCAGGGUCCCUCUCCCUCUUCACUCCAAGCAGACCUGGAGUUCAGGGAGCCCCCUGAGGGGCAGCAGGGGAGGGGUGUGGCAGACGGGAGAGCCUCUGUUAUUGACAACCCAGACACUCUCGGCCUCCAACCUGAGCCAACACAGCAGAGCCCCCUGUCCAUGGCUGUGGGUUCACCUGAGGACAACUCUGGCGUUUCGCCCCGCACUUCACCUCCUCAGGCCCUGGGCAACCACCACCACCCCUCCUCCUCCUCCUCCUCUACAGCCCCACUCUUCUCUGCUCCACAUCCCGUUACUGAACAGUUUCCGGCUGAGCACAUCCAGAGGAUCCAGGCAGCUGGCUUCUCUGCCAGGGAGGCUGCAGAGGCACUGGAACAGGCCCAGGGUAGUGUGGAGCUGGCUCUGCUGGCACUACUGGCCCGCAAGAUCACUGUGCCCACCUAGACACUCACAACAUUACAAUCAUAUGGGAGUCCCAGCCUCUUGUCAACAUCGGUUUCAUGCUUUUUGUCUCUUGGUUUCUCACAGACCAUACAACAACAACUUAUUUGUUCCUAGAUUGAGCCGAUAUGAUCUGAGUUGUGUUUGCAUGCAGCAGUUGGUGCCUGUUUCAUGGAUUUUAUAGAUGGGAUUUAGUAGAUUGAUUUCCUUCAUUUCCCCCCCCCCCCCUUUGUUUAACCCUGUAUAUACAUAUUUUAUUCUAAACACAAUUGAACUGCCCCAUUAAUGAGAAAAUGUUGGUAAAUGUUUACAUUUGUAUGUUGAAUGGCAUUUGUUUAAAGGGCCGAAUAUAACCUAAAAUAGUAUGUUAAAAUGUCAGAUUUGUGAGGAGUAUUAUUGCUCUGCUAAACAAUUUAUUUGUUUUAAAUUGAUGUUUGAUUUUAACUCAACUCAGAUUAUGCUGAUAAAACCCACCAGACAGUCAAAAACAUAUUACACUGUGGAAAUUACUGCAUUUAAGAAGCAUUGCUAACUGCUGAUCUUUGUCUUUUUCUGCUGAUGUUAGCAUUUUGUAAUACGACAUUUUCUCAGUCAUGUGAUUAUUGCCAAUCUUGGGGAACUUGGGUGUUUUCAUUUUUAGACAGCUUGCACAAGAAAAUAAAUGAAGCAGCACCACC